CGCUUCUUCUCCGCUUGAACCACAACCCGACCCAACCACCGGGUCUGAUUCCACGCGACCUCACGAAUUGAAUUGAACCCAUUCUUCUAUACUACCAACCCAUCCCUCCUAUACCGCACAUCCACACCACACUACCAAAGCAAACAGGGAGCUCAGCUGCCCACCACCACCCUUACCUACCACCUCCCUCAACAACAACCACAACCACACCACCAAAAUGUCCACCCACUACAACACCGAACCCACCGCCACCGCCUCCGCAACCCUACACACCACCCUGGGCCCCAUACACAUCGCGCUCUUCGCGUCCCAAACGCCCCUCACAUGCCGCAACUUCCUCCAACACAUCAGCGACAACUACUACACAGGGACAAUCUUCCACCGAAUCGUCCCGAACUUCAUCCUCCAGGGCGGCGAUCCCACCGGCACCGGAUCCGGGGGCACCUCUAUCUACGAAGACCCAUUAUUCGAGUACGACGCCGCGGCGCGCGAUCCGAACGAGAAAGUCGUCUUACGCGAUGAAUUGCACAGUCGGUUACGGUUCAAUCGGCGGGGGUUAUUGGGGAUGGCGAAGUCCGAGGACGGGUCGUAUGGGAGUCAGUUCUUUAUUACAUUGGGGGAUUUGGGGCCGUUGGAGGGGAGGAUUGUGAAGAGGGAUAAUAAGAAGGGAGGGAAGACAUUGUUGAGCUUUGGCGAUGAGGAGGGGGAGGAGGGGGAGGAGAUGCCCGUUAGGGCCGCGAAGCCGAAAUAUAAUGCUGCGCUGGUGACGGAUACGGGGGCUGGAAAUGGUGACGAUGCACCGGUCGAGAAGAAGAAGAAGAAGACAUCGCCUCCACGCAGACGCUCGCCGACGCCCCCGCCGGCUGUUGAACGGCCUAAGACUCCUGACCCGGCCAUGCAACUCCCUCUCCCUGACCCGGAGUCUCCAGAGCGAUCCCCCUCCCCAGAGCCUGCACCACAGUCCCGACUGGACCGUACCAAUGCGGAGAUCGAGUCCCUCAAGGCCUCGAUGCGCCGAACCGUCACCACUGAGGUAGAAACCGGAGGGAAGAAAUCCGCGCUGGAAGCCAUGAUCCCUCAAACCGCCAUCCGCGGCCGGAGACGCCCUGCACCGGGAACAUCGACGAGCAGCAGCGCCACGAACGGGAUCACAGGGUUCUCCAGCUCGAGCGACAACGCCGCACUAAAGAUGUUCAACGCAUUCAAAGCGAAACUCGAAGGCGCCGACGCAGCCCCGAAACCCACCACCACCACAACAACAACCUCCCACACCACAUCCCAAAACAACAACCCCGCCCUCGACGACGACGCCAACGAAGACGAAGAAUCCCAACUCUGCGACCUCCACUUCAUCGCGAACUGCCAAUCCUGCCAAUCCUGGUCCGACAACACGGCCGAGAACACCGCCGGCGAAGGUCCCGCCGACGAUAGCACAGACCUGGGCUGGCUGACGCAUCAACUCCGCUUCGGAAAAGAUACGUUAGGCAAAGACCUAAACUGGAAGAAAGAGCACCCUGAUGACCUAGACAGUCUAAUGGUGAUUGAUCCGCGAGAGAAAGAGAGGGAGAUUGUCGCGUCUGGAUCGGGAUCGGGUUCCAAAUCAGGAUCCGGAAAACGGAGAGGUCUCGAGCGGGAUCGCGAGCGUGAUCGGAAGAGAGGUCGGGUGGGGGAUUUGGAGUGGGAAAAGAGUCGGCGGUGAUUCCAUUAUCCUUGAAUCCGAAUGCUAUAUAGGGAGAUGUUUAGUAGGAUAUCCUCAUCAUAUACCAUGCCAUACUUACUACAUACUACAUAGAACCAUUAACUUGGUACUACAUCAGU